CUCCGAGAGAGUUGCGUCCACCGAUCCGCGGUUCGCGUUGAUCGAUUUUUUUCUUUCUGGCGGCGCCUCAACACAUAAUUCCCAGCAGAAUAUAACACAAAAGAAAAACAUUCAACGCUUAUGGAAAUCUAAUUGAAAUGUUUACGGCUUAACGGGCAAAAAAAAAGUAUAUAUACUUGUGCAAAAGGCAAAUAUAUUUUAAUGGCCACCGGGAAGUGCAUGCAAAUGUGUUUAUUUGUUGACUCGCGGAAUAACCAAUAGAUACCAACGAAAAAAUACAAAAUAAAAAGUGGCAAAAAAUACAAGUGACUUGUGUGUGAGUGUGCUUGUGCCGUGCCAGUGUCUGUGUGUCUAUAUGGUCUAUAUAUGAAAUAUGCAGACAUCGGUGUAGCCAGCAGAUCGACAUUGUAAUCAGAUCAUGGAGCUGAGCAACUUUUCGAGCGGCAAGAAGAUGUCACGCGAGGAGCGUCGCUACUCGGUGCCCCACGGACCCAAUACACCGCUGCCACCGGCAGCAUCUGAAGAUCUGCACGCCUGGUCCAUCUACAGGCAAAACCUGAACUCUGACUUCACCGAUUCGGCUCUGGGCUCGUCGGACAAAUCACCGCUGCCAUAUGGAAACUUCCAGCUACGCGAUACCACAGUUCAAUCAAUCUUAAAUCAUCCGCGCUACGGACCCAAAUCUCCUUUGGGCUCGAAUAUGUACACAUACUUAAAGUUCGGACUGCCACGCGUCUUUCCGCCAAAUGCCGGAUCACAGCGUUCGCAUCGUCCUGGACCGGGUCCGGGAUCAGGACCAGGUCAUGGAGGCUCCAGUGCCUUGGGUGGAGUGCGAGGACGAGUGAAUCGCGCCUUUAGGGAUAGCUCUGGGGCACCGGCGGGUGCUGGGAGCAGUGGUUACGAUAGCAGUGACAACGAGACGACCCGUAGCAGGGUACCGCCCAAUCUCCGGAAGUAUCGCAGCGAGUCGGACUUCCGUGCCAUUGGCGGCAUGCCUCACUCGCGUCCGGAGUCGCGUGCACAGAUUGGAGGAGGUGGUGUUCCGGUGGCUGCACUGAGACAGGCGAACAGCCGGGCUAGCAUUGCAGUGGGUCAACACCACCACCAGAUGCAGCAGCACCAGCAGUACAUGGGCAAUGGAAAGCACUAUGGGCAUAGGUCGCACAGCGAAGCGGAUCUUCUAGGAGCAGGUUUGAGCCAGGUUGAUGGUGGUGGUGGACUGGGCUAUGACUACAACGAGGCUCGGCUGUAUGGCAGCUCCAGGCAGUACGGAAAUGGGAGUGGUCACAACCAAGGCAGUCGGAAGCAAUCGGGCAUGGGCCUAAUCUACCCUAACAUUCAGGUACACUGCCUCGAUGUGAAUCCCUGCCUUCGCGGUGUUUCCAUGCAGGCCAAGGCCGGAGAUCUGUUCGCUAUCAUGGCCACUUCGCAGCGUGAAGGAAGUGCCCUGGCAGAGUGCUUGGCGGGAUUAAGUGAACGUCUGGGUGGUGAGAUCCUGAUCAACGGACAGCAGGUGAGCCGCAGGGGACUUCGAGAACUCUGCAGCUAUGUCCCAGCACUGGAGGUCUCCUCACUGGAUCCCCGGAUGAGUGUCCAAUGCACCCUGAACUUCCAUGCCGCAUUGCGAGGUCCCCUAGAUCGUAGCGAUCUGGAGGAGCGCAUGGAUGUGCUGAUCGAAGAUCUGGGCUUAAAUACGGUCCGUGCCUCCAAUGUGUCCACUCUGACCCACUCGGAGAAGCAGCGCUUAAGCGUGGCCUGUCAGCUGCUGGCGCAAUCAUCGCUGUUGAUUCUGGAUCAAGUGACCAGCAAUAUGGACAUCUUUGACAACUUCUUCCUGGUGGAGUACCUGCGUCAGUGGUGCAGUGGUGGUAGGAUCGUGAUCAUGACGCUUCAGCCGCCUACCUUCGAGAUCCUGUCCAUGUGCUCUGGAGUGCUGCUUCUCUCCGGAGGAAGGACCGUCUUCUCCGGCAGUAGAGCUGAUUUGCCGCGACACAUGGGUGAGCUGGGAUAUCCUUGUCCACCGUUCAAGAACCCAGCAGAUUAUUACUUGGAUUUGGUCACCUUGGAUGACCUUUCGGCGGCCGCCAUGUUGGAGUCCUCGGCCCGCAUUGAGUCAUUGGCCAACGCCUGGGAUCAGAUUAACUCGGAGCCACCACUAGCUGCCCCGCCCGCCUCACUGCCGAACUUCACCCUGAAGGCCGGCUUCUUUGGCCAAAUCAGCGCCUUGAUUAAAAGAUUUGCCGGAUACAAACAACCCGGUUCACUGCUCACCUGGAUCAGCAAACUCAUCGCAGCUGCAGUACUGUCCCUCUGUAUUGGUUGUAUCUUUUGGGAUGUGCCCGCCUCCGAUCCUCAGCUGAGCUACCACGAUCGCUUGGGCUACCAUCAUUGCGUAAUGGUGCUGGUGUACUGGCCGUUGGUUAUGCUCACCAUCCGGGACACACAGGAGGAUCGCCGGCAUGCGGAGCGCGACAUUCGCCUGGGACUCUAUACACGCAGUCUCUACAUCAUAGUUCAGAGCCUUCUAGGACUAUUUCCCAGCUUAUGUAUCUGGCUGGCUUAUUUGCUUCCUGCUCACAGCAUGGCAGGACUUUACACCUAUUCCAACAGCAGCGACACGGGCAUAUAUUUGUACAUGGGUUACAUGCUACUCUACUUAACGCUGAUCCAGACCCUAGCCCUGUUCUGUGCUCACCUGCUGCCCUGCAAGGUCUCGGCCAGCAUCGUUAAUGGGCUAAUCAGCUUGGCAGUAGCGGCGGUGGGAGGCUACUUGGUGCAUCCCCAAAACCUGGCCCAGUUUUGGUCCUGGCUGCAGUUUGUAUCGCCGGAACGAUGGCUUUUGCCUGUCCUGGUGCAGGAUGAAUACAGUGCUGAGACAUUAUCAAAUUCCGCUGGACUGCAGUUGUGCCGAAACAAGCAGGUGCAGCACCAGGAGAUUAUUGUGCAGCAGCCCUGCCCGCCGCCCAACGGCACCCAAGUGCUAGUCGACUUUGAGCUGUUGCCCCAGCAGCACGUGCUGGAUCCCACGCCCAGCUAUGACCAGACCACAUCGGUGGCCUUGGUUCUGGGAUCGGUGCUCGUCUUCUUCCUCACCUUCAUCGUCUUUUUGUGCAAUUGUCGCGGUGCCUGUCGGAGGCAAAGAAGCCGAUAAGCUGACACAGCGACUCGGAGCUGGCCAGGAUCAGGAGCUUAGAUGACCGAUGGCCCAGUCUCCCGAACUGUACAUUCUAUAGGAACUAAUUCUUAAAAUAAAUAGUGUUUAGUCGA